GAUAAGUAAUAAUCUGACUUUAUUAAAAGCGUCAGGCGCCCCUUAGUACACCGGCAGUAUACAAGACAACGCAUUGCUUGAAAAUAAAAAAACAGCCCUAAAAAAGGAAGAGAGAACCCACCCAAGCCAUCCCACGAUAGCAUCAAACCCCAACCCAAACCCUCAAAGAGCACACCACAUACCCAUCCAAGAACCCUCGAAACCCAACACCCUAAGACACGACACCCGAACCCCACCUCCGACCCACACACUACAGAACCUGAGCCUUUCCUCUCCUACUCCAAGGACGCACACUCGCACCGUCAUAGUUAAUGGAGCACUUCAGAUUCUGCAGUUCCCUCCUCCCUUUGUUCUUCUGCCGCUUCCCCAUAGUAUCCCGAUGGAAAUCCUCCUCAAUGGCAUCCAACAAUGCCAGGGCCGAAUCUUCAUCCUCAGCACCAUCGGACUCCCACUCCAAAAGUAGAUCAGGAGGAAUUACGCCCAAGGGUCGCUCAAAGGAUUUCUCGGGAGAAGGAACCCUCGCCGAAGGCCCACUCCCCCAUUUGGCUUCGGCAAUUUCUGACCCACAGACCCGUCCAACGCCUGGGAAGUACCCGCGCACUGUGUCAUCGGCGAACACAAAGCAGUCACUGCCUCUUCAAUCAAGGGAAUAUCCAGCUUACUCGCUUUGGCCUUCGAUUUCCGCUGAUACCUCAUGACUGAUUUUGUUUCGGACGGGUAAAUGAGCGACCCACUGUCCGUCAUCACUGGAAGAGACAAUCGAAUCCUCUCUCCCAACUCAUCCGCCCCCACAGAGGGAAACUCAAAUCCUUUAGGGCCCGGCUCCAUUCCCCCAAGCUUAC